AUGAGUGAGGGGAAAAGGUAUUGCAAAAUCUGUCACAUGGGAGAUGUAGGGGGAGAUGAUUUAUGCAACCCGUGCAGGUGCUCUGGAACGAUAAAAUACAUUCAUCGCGAGUGUUUGAUGUCGUGGAUUGAGUGCUCCAAAAUCAAAAGAUGUGACAUAUGCCACUAUGAGUAUAGAUUCAGAGAUAUUUACAAGCCGGACACGCCCCAAAUGCUUCCUUUGUCUAUACUUAUCAAGGGGAUAUGUGGCAUGGGGUGGAAGGUGGCAAUUGCUCUUACGUGGUGCAUUCUGCAGAUGAUCAGGUGGCUGGGUGUUUUUUAUUUCAAUGGAUACCUCUUUAUGACGUCGGUAGGACUUUAUGAUUUCAGUUCCAGGCCUGACUUAAAAGGCAGUAUGCUACUGAUAGCAGUUGGGAUUCCAUUGGCUUGGCUAGCACAGAUAAACCGAUGCCUGUUUAACCAGAUCAAAGAGAGAUUUGGGGGUGCCACAAGAAGAAGGAGGAUGGUAAAUCCAAGUACAAUACUUGAAUCCCUGAAUAGAGAGCUUUUACAGGAUGAGGAGUCUACCCGAACAUCUAGGAGGGUGCUUGCUCACGAAUUGGAUGACAAUCUACCUCCAGGCUCCCGUGCUGUUACUUCUGAAGGAACUAGUGAAACUGCCGAUACCCGAAGGGAGCGAGCUAGGAGGCAGAAUGAUCCCAUGAGAGACUUCCAGUUCAAACCAAUUAUAUCUGGAGCUGUUGAGAUGACGCUUCCGGUAUCAUUUAUAUCUGUGAUCUAUGGGGUUGGGAGACUUGUUUAUAUCCCUGGUGUUCCUGGGGCCUUUGGGCAGUUUCUUUCUGACAUGGGGCUGAAAGGGCUGUAUUCCAGGCUGGUUGGGUUUGGGAUUGUCUUUUGGAUGGCUAUGGAAUGUGCCGGGCAUAUAUGGAGAAGAUGUAGAGCUAGUAGAAUGAAGUAUGUGCAUGUCUUUAUGAAGAUAUAUCUUAUAAUCAUGAUGAAUAUAUUCUUCAUGAAUCUAACGUUUGGACUAGUCCUUCACUAUGUAUUUGGAAGGAUACUGAAUAGAGGAAUGCAUGUCUUAGACCUCAACGACGAGUAUGGGCCCAUUCUAAAGGCAUUCAUGUCUCUGGUAUUCCACAUGUCAAUUGGAUACACCUUCAGCAUUGUAAUAAGAAACAUGUUCCUCAGAUUCAAGAGGUGCUUCCGGCCGGGUGUUUUCCACUUUGUACCUGAUGACGACGACUCCCGGAUGGACGAGCUAUACGAGGCUUCGAAGGUGGGGGUUCUUCGGAUACUUUUUCGUGCUGCAAUGUACUUAACGUUCUUCACCCUGUUCUACGGAGUGGGGCUCACAACGAUCAGACUGGCCUGUGGGGAGGUAGGUGUGAAGUUUUCCAUAAAAAGCUUUCUAAAGCUAGCACUCAGCUACAAAACCUUUACAAUGGUCCUGUACUCGAACAAGAUACUCUGCGACUAUGUGGUGAAAGGACUCGACAAGGUUGUAAGGCUGGAGGCCAGGCUACUUGGGAUGGAAAACUUUCUUUACAAUACACGAAUAAGACGGUACAACAAGCAGAUGCUGAGAUGGUGUGCUAAUAGGAACAAGAUCUUCAAGAGGCAGCAUGUCAAGGCAAGGGAAAGAAGAAGGCCGACAGAAAGAGAGAUUCACAAGUACUUCAACACGCAGAUUUCUUCUGACUUUGCAAUCUUCUACAUCCCAAGGCUGUUUGUUCUCAGGUGCGGCCUGAUAGGGCUGUCUGUUGUUUUGUCCUUGUAUUGCCUUUAUGCCGGAUAUGCCUUUAUUGCCAGCUGUAUUGUUAGAAGAAUCAACAUGGCAAGAUAUGUAAGGGACUCUGAAGACAUACUAUUCUAUCUUGUAUUGUCUAGUCUCUUUCGCUUGUCAUGGAUAAUGAUCCAUGUGGUGGUUAGCAGUGUAAGAGGAGAGAAAGAUACUCUACAAACGGUUGGGGAUCUAUGCAAGCAUGGGAUUGUGAACGUGUACAUAAACACGGUCUAUCCCCUGUUUGGGAGCCUGAUGGUUAUUAUGCUGUCCAGCGAUGGGAUUGGUGUCAACGGAGUACGCCCCCUAAGGCUGUUUCUGUUUUUCUUCAGUUCUACCUCGAUUGUGGAGACGAUUUUGAGUUCGUCUCCUGAGCACUACACCUUUCGAGCGCUUGUCAGGGAGCUGUGCAAAAUCAAUGCAUUUAUUUCUGUUGUGUUUGGGAUAUGGUAUAUAUACAAUGCAGUGACCUUACUGCUCGGGCUGGACAACAUGGAGUUUAUUAUCCUGAGUGUUGCUGCCGGAUAUAUAAUUUUUGUAUCGAAGAAGAUUGGGCAGUGUAUCCAGAGUGAAAAGGGCUUCUACAAAAAGCUUCUGGAUGAAAACUACUUGAUUGAAAGAAGGAUUGUGAAUAUUGAUGAGGAGUGA